AUGAAGGCCAACAACACAAAGUUUGGUAAGUUUAUGGCCAUGUUUAAUAAGUUGAUAAUCAACUUGCCAUUGGUGGAGGUAUUGGAGCAAAUGCCUAGGUACGCAAUAUUCAUGAAAGACCUUGUUACAAAGAAGAGGACAGUUAGUUAUGAUAUGGUGGACAAUCUCCAUUAUUGUGUUUCUAUUUCCAUAAGAUUGUUGGUGCUGAAGAAAGAAAAUCCUGGAGCAUUUACUAUCCCAUGCACUAUUAGGCCUCUUAAGUUUGCAAAAUCUCUAUGUGAUUUGGGAGCUAGUAUAAAUUUAAUGCCGCCUGUUGUGUAUAAGAAGCUGGAUUUGGGGGAUCCUUCUUCUACGGACAUGAGAUUAUUUAUGGCUGAAAGGUCCGUGAAGUGGCCCACUGAGAUUUUAUAUGAUGUAUUAGUGAAGGUGGCCAGUUUCAUAUGUCCAGCUGAUUUUGUCAUUCUCGAUUAUGAGGGGGACUUCGAGGUGCCCAUAAUCUUGGGUAGUCUUUUUCUCGCAACUGGGAAUGUACUUAUUGAUCUAAGGGCAAAUAAGCUGUUGUUCAGGCUGAAUGAUGAAGUUGUUCAAUUUGAUGUAUGCCAGUCCAUAAAACAGUAUAAAGAUAUGGGUGUAUUUUCUAUUGUGGAUGUUUACUAUAAGGAGGAGCAGGAAGUACCUAUAGAGGAAAAUUUUGCUGUGGACACUUUAGCUUUUGUAUUAAUGAAUUUUGAUCAAGAUGGUAUUGAAUAUUAUGAGGAGAUAGUAUGUGCCUUGAAAGGCAUGGGGUCUUAUUCUUAUGCACCCAAGAAGCUGGAUUUGGACUUGAAAAAUUACCUAAGUCCACCAGCCAAGCUGUUUAUUGAAGAGCCACCUACUUUGGAGCUAAAGAGUUGUCCGAUCAUUUGA